AUGGCCGCCGUAGUGCGGGGGAAGGCCGAGACGCUGGCCCUGAGGCGGCGGCUGCUAAGCGAUUCUUGCAGACUCUUUUACCCGGAGGAUCCUAUUAAGAUUGUCCGGGGCCAAGGACAGUACUUGUAUGACGAAGAGGGAGCAGAAUACCUCGAUUGUAUCAACAAUGUGGCUCAUGUCGGACACUGCCACCCUGUCGUGGUCCGGGCCGCGCACGGACAGAACCAGAUGCUCAACACCAACAGCCGCUACCUGCACGACAACAUCGUGGACUAUGCGCAGAGGCUGUCAGAGACCCUGCCGGAGAAGCUCUGUGUGUUUUAUUUCCUGAAUUCUGGGUCAGAAGCCAAUGACCUGGCCCUGAGGCUGGCCCGCCAGUACACGGGACACUGGGACGUGGUGGUGUUAGACCACGCUUAUCACGGUCACCUGAGCUCCCUGAUCGACAUCAGCCCGUACAAGUUCCGAGACCUGGAUGGCCAGAAGGAGUGGGUCCAUGUGGCACCUCUCCCAGACACCUACCGGGGUCUUUACCGGGAGGACCACCCCAAUCCAGCAGGGGCCUACGCCAGCGAGGUGCAGCAUGUGGUGAACAGCGUGCAGGAGAAGGGCAGGAAGAUCGCAGCCUUUUUUGUGGAGUCUCUGCCCAGUGUUGCAGGGCAGAUCAUUCCCCCGGCCGGCUACUUCCCCAAAGUGGCAGAGCACAUCCACAGGGCCGGAGGGCUCUUUGUCGCAGACGAGAUUCAAGUGGGCUUUGGCCGAGUAGGCAAGCACUUCUGGGCCUUCCAGCUGCAGGGAGAAGACUUUGUCCCCGACAUUGUCACCAUGGGCAAGUCGAUUGGCAAUGGUCACCCGGUAGCCUGUGUGGCCACAACCCAAGCUGUGGCAAGGGCCUUUGAAGCCACCGGCGUCGAGUAUUUCAACACGUUUGGGGGCAGCCCGGUGUCCUGCGCCGUGGGCCUGGCCGUCCUGGACGUUCUAGAGAAGGAGCAGCUGCGGGCUCAUGCUGCCUCUGUGGGCAGUGUCCUCAUGGAGCUCCUCCAACAGCAGAAAGCCAAGCAUCCCAUCAUCGGGGACGUCAGAGGCAUCGGGCUCUUUAUCGGUGUGGACCUGAUCAAAGACACAGCGACCAGGACACCAGCAACUGAGGAGGCGAACUACGUGGUGUCCAGGUACUACUUCUCGAACCGAGUUGCCUCUGCAGCGUCCCCUGACUGGGAGGGAGCUGCUGUCCUGCUUUUGCCAUUGCCACUAUGUCCCUGGGCCCUCAGGGCCACAGAGGGCUGCCUGCAGGAGUUGGCAUCAGGGCCAGAGCGGGGAAGGGAACCCCCUUCUGGGUACCCCCACCCCGACACCACACACUGAUAAAACAGCCGGGUCCGCUUGGUGGCCAGUGCCUGGCGGCAGGGCCUCGGAUGGGUGUGGGCCGUUCCCAGCCGAGGAUGCGGGCGCCACAGGGGCUCAGAGACCAUAAAGCCACAUCCCACAGCGCCCGGCUGCCCCGGGGAAGCCGCUACUUUCACGGCCAUGCCAGGGCCCGUGGCAGAGCCAGACUUGGGGCUCCCCAUGGGCACAGCAGCCCAUUUUCUUUGGUUCGGACAGGCUUCCUGCUCCUUGUCUGGGUGAAGGCAUCUGGAGGACCCCACCCCUGCCCCAGGGAAUAAAUGAGAGAGAAUGGAAGUCGGGGUCAGAAUGUAAAUACAAUCACCUCAGACCCUUUCUUUCUGGUCAAAUGACCUUCCCAGGUUGAAGUGCAAACAUGUCCUUAGGGUACCACUACUAUUAAGGAGGUGAAGCUAUCUUCCUAGAAAGAACUGGAAAUGAAAACUGCGGAGUCCUCUGAGAUGUCCAGAUGCCUCUGGGGCGGGAAGCAGAACCGGGGCUGGCAGAGAAGUUCCUGGAGCCGGGAGGGGGCACAGGGGUUCGCUGUACCAGCCCGGCAGCAUUGGUGCGGUGCAGGAAUGCUGGCUGGCCACGUCCUAGCCAUGGCCUGUUUUGGCUCAGGCCGGGAUUCCAGGGCUGGAUGAGCGGAGGCCCCUGCUUGGGGUAGGGGUGGGAAUGGAGGGUGGCGGGCUCGGGGCCAGGCGCAAGGCACCCCACACAGGAGCCCUUAGUGCUGGGUGAACAAGGACAGGCAGGCAGUUCAGGAGGAGGUGGCCGGUGGUGUCCCUGCGGGACCUGGACUGGGGUGGGGCUCCCAGGGGCCGGUUGGCUGAAGCCAGGACAGACUUUGAGGCUCUGUGAAGGGUUCCUUGGCUGCUGGGCCACAGGGCCUUGCCAUGUCCUAUCCUCACAGGCUGAAAGAGAACUACAUUUUGCUGAGCACAGACGGCCCUGGGCGGAAUGUCCUGAAAUUUAAA